AUGUCUGACACAAGUAUGAGAGACAUGGAAGCUUCUGAUAUCUCUCGCACUUCGCAAGAUCCUUCAAAAACCCCUCCCUCUGUUUCAAACCCUCAUUGCGAUGAAAACAUGGAGAGUUUGGAGUCCGAUCUGACUGUUCAAGGUGAUGUGAGUCAAAAUGGCACAGUCGAUGUUGAAGCUACACAGACGUCAAUGCCGUUGUUCGACCCUAAAGCACUACUCAACCCUAAAGCAACUGUUGCUACGACCCAGAGCAGUCAAUCACCAUCUCGCAAAGCCAAGCCUGUGCAUGCCGGACGCGACUCGGAGUCUCCAGCUGGCACUUACGUUUCAUUGAUAGAAAAGGCCCAUGGCAUUGAGCGACGUGAAGAACGACCUGUCAAGCGGCCAAGAAUGGAAGUAUCGACAGGAGAUGAACCGAAGAAGAAAGGUACUUUUGAGAGUGGUAAUGCUACCAUCCUCGGGCAAUAUAUCAAGGACAAGCGUCAUGAAGGCGACCAGUUGCAAGAACCUGUCCUUGCAUCGCGACUUGCAAUGCCACCUCCAGCUCACACUCCGACAGUAGCGACUACGGACUCUACUAUUGAUCUUACAGCGGAUGAUGACGAUGAAGUGGUAUGCCUUAGCUCAAAACAUGAUGAAGAGGUGUGUCUGGGAAAGCUCGAGCGGUCAUAUCUCAAUGCGCAUCAAAUACCCUGCCAAAGGCGAGGUGGUCCGUCAGGAUCUCGGGAUUCCUGGCCAGCCAUCAAGGUCACAUUCCAACGUCGGCCUGGCAACGAUCUUAUGAUUCUUGUCAACGAUGGUCAGGGCAAAUCAUUUGCGACUCUGGAUCCAAAGACGUCAUCCGCACUACAGCCUCUUUUGGAUGGGCAAAAACAAGGUAGUAGACUCCGUAUUGACGCGAAAGUUGAACCCAGAAAGAAACGUCCUGGCGAGGUUGCGGGCAUGCCAACCCAUUCGCAGCUCAACCUUCUGGUCAUAUUGUACUCCCCAAAGUCUAAAGCUGACAGUCUUGGAACCUUUUUGAGCAGGAAGGGCAUCUGGCUUCGUAUGCCGCCCAGAUUCGAUAACAACAUUGUAUACUACAACCCACAAGCCCCUAAAGUUGCCAAAACAAGACUCUCGGAAGGAAGCACCCCACGAAUUGUCAGUGGGAUCAUCAACGCCGGCACCGGAUAUUACACCCGAACUCAGGAGGAGAUACGUCACGAUGUUCUCAGUAUGUUCGAUAGUCUCACAAAGUCAGAGGAUCUGCCACAGAAAGAAGCCAAUCCCAUUAUCACGACUAAGCUUCUAUCCCAUCAAAAGCAGGCCUUGUGGUUCAUGCGUGACCGAGAAUCCGGCAGUGACGCGAACUGUGAUGACAAACGUUCACUCUGGAAAACUCGGAUGCGGAGAGAUGGUGUCAAGGUCUUCUAUAACAUCAUAACUGGCUAUGAGCAGGCUUCCCAGCCUAAACCUUGUCUGGGAGGCAUUUUGGCUGACAUGAUGGGCCUUGGAAAGACUUUGAGCAUCCUUUCCUUGAUCACUGACACUUUAGAAGAAGCUAAAGCCUGGGCCGAUCAAGAACCAGGCUCAGACGGCCUACGAAAAGUAAAAACGACGCUUCUAGUUUCACCCUUGAGCACAACCUCCAAUUGGCAGGAGCAGAUUGGUCAGCAUCUGAAGAAGAAUUCAAUCAAAUAUUACCUAUACCACGGGCCCAACAGAUCGCAGGAUCUCGAUGAAUUGGCCCAGUACGACAUCAUCAUAUCUUCGUACAAUACAGCUGCGACUGAAUUUGGAACCAGCGGCAGACAGAAGCGAGACGCCAUGCGGCAGCUCGAUUGGUUCAGGAUUGUGCUCGAUGAAGCACACAUGAUUCGUAAUCAGCAGACUGGCCAGUCCCUGGCAAUCUGUGGACUGAGUGCGAACAGGCGAUGGGCUGUGACAGGCACGCCAGUGCAGAACCGCCUCGAUGACCUCGGAGCCCUCAUCAAGUUUCUCAGGAUCAGGCCUUUUGAUGAAAAGGGUUCCUUUACCACGUACAUAAUGACUCCGUUCAAACAAGCGGACCCUGAGAUUAUUCCGAAGCUGCGACUGCUUGUUGAUACCAUCACCUUGAGGCGGCUCAAGGAUAAGAUUCAUCUUCCUGAUCGGCAGGACUUUAUUGUGCACCUUGACUUCUCCGAUGAUGAGCGAGCUCUGUACGAUUGGUUCGCUCUAGAUUCAGCCAAUCGCGUCAAGGCAAUGACGGCCAACCGCACACAUGGCAUCGGUGGAAGAGCAUACGCGCAUGUCCUCCGCGCGAUUCUACGCCUGCGACUUAUCUGCGCGCAUGGCUCCGAUCUGCUCAGUGACGAAGACAUGAAGUUGACUGAAGGUCUCUCUUACGGCAAUGCUAUAGAUCUUGGCGACGACGAGGACGAAGAUAAGCCUGCGCUCAGCCCCAAGCAAGCUUAUGACAUGCUUCAGUUGAUGCGAGAGUCCGACGAAGAUCGCUGCAUGAUGUGCAACACCAAAAUUGGGGAAGAGAACCCAGACGAGGAGCUUGCUGAAAAGGCGCAGAACACAGUUGGACACAUGACACCUUGUUUUCACAUUUUGUGUCCCACGUGUCUUCCUCUAUAUCAGAAGAAAGCCCAAGAUAAACUAACUUCAGAUGGCUACAUGGAUUGCCCUACUUGUGACCAGUACGUCAAGUACUCAUUCUUCGACUUCUGCUUGGACAAGAUGAAGGAAGAUGAGGAGAUGAGAGAGGAGUUGAGAAAUAAUCCGAAGCUCGCAAAGCAGAUGAUCCGUUAUAGUGGACCACAUACGAAGACUAAAGCUCUGAUUCAGUCACUAAUAGAGAACGAGCAGUGGAGCGCAGCACAUCCAGAAGAGAGACCUAUCAAGAGUGUUGUCUUUUCGGGCUGGACUAGUCAUCUUGAUCUUAUCGAAACUGGCUUCAAGGAACACCUCCCCUCGGUCCAGUAUACCCGUCUCGAUGGCCGCAUGUCUCGUGCCGCUCGCACUAUCGCUCUUCGAGUCUUCCGGGAAGACCCUGCAAUCCACGUCAUCCUUGUCUCUAUUGGCGCCGGAGGCUUAGGUCUUAACCUGACAACAGCGUCUCGCGUCUAUGUCAUGGAACCACAAUAUAAUCCUGCCGCAGAGGCUCAGGCUGUUGAUCGUGUGCAUCGCUUAGGACAAGAGAGGGAGGUUAUAAUCCGUAGAUUCAUCAUGAAUGAUAGCUUUGAGCUGAAGAUGCUUGAGCUACAGAGGAAGAAAAUGAAGCUCGCUGAGAUUAGUCUUGGUGAAAAAGGAGCUCGAGGAAAGGCAGGUCGCGAGGAAGAGUCUAGGAGGAAGUUGGAGGACCUGAAGAGUCUCUUCCGUUAA